GUGAAAGUAGAAAGUGUGUGUGAGUUGAAUCGAGCAGCAUGGAUCAGCGUGAGGACAGAGAGGAGGGAGUCCCUCCCUCUAAAACCACUCUGUGUGGGGAACAUGAGAGCCAGACCAAAGCUCAGAGGAACCAACCUGGACCUCCACCCAGCUCUGUGUCCUUAAGGAGUGAUUGGUCUAAAGAUGAAGCCAUUGAAUUUAAAUCCCAGCCUCUGUCUGCUGCAGAGAGGAUCAUAGAGAGACCUGCUGGACCUGCACCCAGCUCUGUGUCCUUAAAGAGUGAUCGGUCUAAAGAUGACCCCAUUGAAUUUAAAUCCCAGCCUCAGUCUGCUGCAGCGAGAGUGGACCAGGAGAGCUCAGAGGUUCCCAGUGGUCAGUCUGCCCAGCAUCAUCAAACACACCUGGACUCCAUAUUUAUGAUACUGGAGGACAAAAUCAUCACUUUUGUGAAGAACGAGCUGAAGAAGAUCCAGACAGAUCUGAGUCCAGAUGACCUACAAUGUUUUAAGAGUCAAUGUGAGGACGAGGAUGUCUUACAAAGUGUGAAUGAGGAACAGAGCAAGAGAAGCAGAGAAGCAUUUGUGACGAUUACAGUGGACUUACUGCAGAGAAUGAAGCAGAAUAAGUUCGCUGAGCGUUUGCUGAGAAGAACGGGAACUAGGAGCUUUCAGUGGAGUCAACGAAACCUUAAAUCUGCACUGAAGAAGAAGUUCCAGUGUGUGUUUGAGGGGAUUGCUAAAGCAGGAACCCCAACCCUUCUGAAUCAGAUCUACACAGAGCUUUACAUCACAGAGGGGAGGACUGCAGAGGUCAAUGAUGAACAUGAGGUCAGACAGAUUGAAACAAUAUCCAGUAAGCCAGACAGUCUAGAAGCCAUAAUCAGACAAGAAGACAUCUUUAAAGCCUCACCUGGAAGAGAUGAACCAAUCAGAACAGUGCUGACAAAGGGAGUGGCUGGCAUUGGGAAAACAGUCUUAACACAGAAAUACACACUGGACUGGGCUGAAGACAAAGUCAACCAGGACAUCCAGUUCAUAUUUCCAUUCACUUUCAGAGAGCUGAAUGUGCUGAAAGAGGAAAAGUUCAGCUUGGUGGAACUUGUUCAUCAGUUCUUUACUGAAACCAAAGAAGCAGGAAUCUGCAGCUUUGAAGACUUUCAGGUUGUGUUCAUCUUUGAUGGUCUGGAUGAGUGUCGACUUCCUCUGGACUUCCACAAAACUACAAUCCUAACUGACCCUAGAAUGUCCACCUCAGUGGAUGUUCUGCUGAUAAACCUCAUCAGGGGGAAACUGCUUCCCUCUGCUCGCCUCUGGAUAACCACACGACCUGCAGCAGCCAAUCAGAUCCCUCCUGAAUGUGUUGGCAGAGUGACAGAGGUCAGCGGGUUCACUGACCCACAGAAGGAGGAGUACUUCAGGAAGAGAUUCAGAGAGAAGAAGCAAAUCAGCACCAUUAUCUCCCACAUCAAGACAUCACAAAGCCUCCACAUCAUGUGCCACAUCCCAGUCUUCUGCUGGAUCACUGCUACAGUUCUGGAAGAUGUGCUGGAAACCAGAGAGGGAGGACAGCUACCUAAGACCCUGACUGAGAUGUACAUACACUUCCUAGUUGUUCAGGCCAAAGUGAAGAAGGUCAAGUAUGAUGGAGGAGCUGAGACAGAUCCACACUGGAGUCCAGAGAGCAAGAAGAUGAUUGAAUCUCUGGGAAAACUGGCUUUUGAUCAGCUGCAGAAAGGAAACCUGAUCUUCUAUGAAUCAGACCUGACAGAGUGUGGCAUCGAUAUCAGAGCAGCCUCAGUGUACUCAGGAGUGUUCACACAGAUCUUUAAAGAGGAGAGAGGAUUGUACCAGGACAAGGUGUUCUGCUUCAUCCAUCUGAGUGUUCAGGAGUUUCUGGCUGCUCUUUAUGUCCAUCUGACCUUCAUAAACUCCGGAGUUAAUCUGCUGGAAGAGCGAGUAAUUACAUCCCAGAAGUCUGAAGGAAGAGAAGAAUCUGCAUUGAGACACUUCUACCAGAGUGCUGCGGACAAGGCCUUACAAAGUCCAAAUGGACACCUGGACUUGUUCCUCCGCUUCCUCCUGGGUUUUUCACUGCAGACUAAUCAGACUCUCCUAAAAGGCCUGCUGACACAGACAGGAAGUACCAAACAGGAAACAGUCCAGUACAUCAAGGAGAAACUCAGUGAGAAUCUGUCUGCAGAGAAAAUCAUCAAUCUGUUCCACUGUCUAAAUGAACUGACUGAUCGUUCUCUGGUGGAGGAGAUCCAACAGUCUCUGAGAUCGGGAAGACUGUCCACAGACAAACUGUCUCCUGCUCAGUGGUCAGCUCUGGUCUUCAUCUUACUGUCAUCAGAAAAAGAUCUGGAUGUGUUUGACCUGAAGAAAUACUCUGCUUCAGAGGAGGCGCUUCUGAGAAUGCUGCCAGUGAUCAAAGCCUCCAACAAAGCUCUACUGUCUGGCUGUAAUCUCUCAGAGAGAAGCUGUGAAGCUCUGUGGACAGUUCUCAUCUCUAAGGUUUUUAGUCUUGGAGAACUGGACCUGAGUAAUAAUGACCUGCAAGACUCGGGAGUAAAGCUGUUGGCUGCUGGAUUGAAGAGUCCAAACUGUAUCCUGGAAACUCUCAGGUGA